CAACUAUCUCAUGCUCGUGUAUAAUUUAACCGAAUGACCUUGAGUCGUACGGUUUUGUAAGGUCUGACUUUGCGCCACAUUCAAUUCUGAAGGUUGUCUAGGUGUUUAUAUUAAGAAUUUUGCUUUCUGUUUGGUCAUUGAAAAUUGUAAAUAAAAUGAACAAAUGGAGAAAAUGAGUCCAUUAGUAGGAUUAUGGGAGAAAUUACGCGUGAAACUAGAUCGUGUUACAUCAAAUCAAAGAUCAGCAUCCGAAAAUCAUGAAACGCAUACCGACAGAAAUGUGGCUACCGAAGCAGUUAUACCCAUUGUCAAUGAUGUCACCUCAAGCCUAGUAACUGUGAACGUUUAUGACAUGCUUUGGUUAAAUUAUUAUGUCAGUCUCCUUGGUAUUGGGGUCUAUCAUACAGGGGUUGUGGUACAUGGAACUGAAUAUUCAUAUGGAGGACAUCCAUUGACUAACUCCGGGAUAUUUACUAUGCUGCCAAAGGAUAGUGCCUAUCUAGGUGUAAAUUAUUCCUUCAAAUUAACUCUGACCAUGGGAUAUACAGAUUUUACAGCAUCAGAUGUUACUUUAUUACUGGACAGUAUGGCACCAGAUUAUAGCGGGGAUCAAUACCAUCUUUUGCAUAAAAAUUGUAACCAUUUCUCUGAUGCAUUUGUUCAGAUACUUUGUGGUCAUUCUUUGCCUAAAUGGAUUAAUCGGUUAGCUACACUAGGAUCUAAACUUCCUUUUAUUCAACGUUCACUUCCAGUUGAAUGGUUGACACCUUAUAAACAGUUUGCUAAUCGGGUAGAUAUUGAACAUGAAAAUGAAUCACAACUUAUAGAACAAAUGGCUGCAUCGAAUUCUCGCGAUACACCACAUCGUUUUAGAAGAUGGAGUGCUAUUGAACGUCUACGAAACUGUAUACCGUCUUUUCAUGGUAAACAUUUCACUACGAGUACACAGAAUAAUCCUAAACUAGUAACUGACGCUAACUAUGAUACCUGUUCAUUAUUUGAUGUUCCACUUGGUAGGACAACACAUGAAGAUGAUAACUGGUACUCAGAUAUUUUUAAACAAUCUGCCACGUUGUCUGAACCGAAUUUUCAUAGAUUUCAAAUACAAGAUUUAAAGAGUUAUUCUACGAAAAGACAUGCAUAUGUUGUUUGCCAUACUAUAGAUAGUAGUAUAAAUAAUGCUACGAAUUUGGGUGAUGAUUGUAUUGGUGAAGAACUUCUAUUAAGCACUGAUUCACAACAAUAUAUAAUGGAACAAAAUGAUCCAAAUAAAGUAAAAUUUUCAAUUCAGAAGUGCUGACAUCAAUCCUUCCAAUUCUUCAUAUCAUCAUCUUCAUAUUUGUAUUCAUGAAAGAAUAUCUUGAAGAGAAAUCGUUAUGUUGAAUACUGUUAAGUCAUUCCGUAUGUAAUUGUUAAUUAUCUGAGCUUGUAACAUGGUCUAAUUUAGUCAUAAUCAUGACAACAGCACAAAGUUAUUUGAUGUUAAUUAUGACUACUUGAGUAAAUCACUCAGUUUUUUAUAUUCCUCUCAGAGAUCAUUUCAUUUCUCAUCCACAACUUCUUAUUCACAUCAUCUUUGUCUACACAUUGAAAUCUAUCCAAAGAUAGUUGGAUACAAUAUAAAGACAUUAUGAAAUGGAACAACACAAAUUUUGGCUGUGGAUGUUACUUUCCCCACUUUGUUUUCUUCCCUUCUUAGCAUUUUUUUCUUCUUAUUUCUAAAAAAAAGACUUUGCAUUGCAUUUCAGCGUACAUCAAGUUUACUUUGUCAAAUUGAAGCAAACAUACUAGUAGUGUUGAUGAUUGUAUUGAGUAUAUAAAUUCUUUUGAUGUAAAUAAUUCUGCUGCAUUUUCACUGACUAUAUUGCUUUGAAUUGGAUUAAGGUGAAGAUUUUUUAGAUACACAUUCUUAAUACUUGUAUUCUCCGGAGUUGGUUUUUUCUUCCUCUCCGCCUCUUCCUCAUGACUAACUGACAGGGAUUUAUUUCUAUUGUCAAUAUUUAUCUUUAAUAACUGUUUUAUUUUUCUGUAUCAAUCCAUUUUUCAUGGAGUUUAUCUUUGUAUGAUGUGUUACUUGUAGCCGAUAUUCGUGUGAAUAAGUGUAUAUUAUUCAAUUGUAGAGAAAUAGUUUAAGCUAAUUACUUGUCACCAUUCAGACUUGUUUGUGUAUACGCUUUGAUGAGAAGUUGACAGUAUAUCUCUGAUGCAUGUUUAGUAUUUUCUCUUUUAUACUGUUCACCUUUAAUCCAAUUAUCUUCAAUUACUACUGAUAAGAUUACUUAUUGUCAUGUUUUGAAAAUUAAUAGAAGGGAAUCAGCUCAGUUGCAUUUAUUUUCGCAUUUUCAAUAAAACAAAGGAGGUAAUAAUAAAAUUUAUACGAAUUUCUUGAAUGUUUAUUUUGCCUUUUUUUUGUCUGUUAUGUUUUUUUUAAAGAAUUUUGUCAGUGAUUAGUUCAAAUUCGUGUUUAUUUUAUUUUCCACGCUUUUUCUCUUCAAUAUACUCGUUGGUUUGCUUUUUAUUUCUUUCUUUUAUGAAAUUACCUUUCGUUGAUAAGAAGGUAAUAAAAUAUUAUUCGUUU